AUGGCGACCCUAGGAAUGUCCAACGGAAGCGGACAGCAGCCGGCCAGGACUAAUGGUCGGAACUCUACUCCCUCGUCUGGCUAUCCAAGCGAGCGAGCCUCUCUCACUCAGACAUCGGCAGCCUUUGGGAACGGAGGCUGGAACAGCAACAUCUGGGCUCGCUCUCCGCUCCCUAGUCUCACCAGCUCCAUAGCGGAAAAUGUACAUGCGAAAGUAGCUUCUACCAGUGCAGGCGAUGCAGUGACUGGAUCCCGUUCUCUUCUGUCUUCGUCGGAGGUGGAGGGUUGGGCUGGCCCGUCACUCCCGUGGAACUGCUCUCCAAGUUCCAGCUCUCACGCAUCCUCUGUGAACCCAGGAGGCAACACACCUCCAGGUCACUCCGCGAAUGUCAACCCCCUCCAGCAUCCUCGUGGCGAAGCCUUCUCCUAUUUGGCGGCAACCCAGUCUUCUACUCCCAGCAUGGUUACCAAUACCCGUGGCCCGAACUGGAGUCACUUUGCCUCGACCUCGAGCGCUGCUCCAGCGUCAAGUACAGCUUUCGACAAUGGUAUCGGAAGAAACAGUCACCACGGCAGUAUAAAUGCGGGACACAGCUCGCUCAACGGAGGCCUGAUUGCAGCUAACGGAUUGCAGAGUCAGGAGAUGUCCGUGAACCCGUUCGACCAUGUCAAUGCCCUUCCUUUCCGAGAAUCUACCAGAGCAAACGACCAAGGCCCUUAUUUCCAAUCUGCGGCAGCAAUGAGCCUGGCUUCCAUGACUCCGUCUUCAAGUCACUUUGGAGCUGGGACCCCGCGUCAUUCGAUUUCUACAGGUCACGGCAGACCUAGCUUGGCAGAGGACGAGCUUGUGGCCGCACUGUCCAGAGUCGAUAUGUCAGUUGCAGGUGGAUUGGCUGAGCAACGCCAGCAAACACUCCCUCCUAGGCCGUCCUUCCAGCAGCGUGCAUCGUACGAUGGUAUGCUGACUAGCGCUAAUUCCCUCGACCUGGACGACAACCGCAACCCCUACGCAAAUUACUCGCGAGAUAUCUCGUCUCCCUCUGUUACUCUGCCUGCCCUCAUCCGAAGACAAGAACGGGCCCAUCAAUCGAUCGAACAGCAACGCAACUCUAUCACUGGUUAUCACUCCAACGGCAAUGGUCAGGUCAUGGAACCCAUGGGUCAGGGGAUGUAUUCUCCCAGAUACCGUUAUACCACGAACGGCGGAAACCUCAGCCAGGAAGAACAAGCUGAGAUGUUAGCCCAGGGACUUCACAAUCUACAGCAACAGCAGCAUGAACAGAACUACACAGCUGUCGCUAUGAACCAAGUGCCCAGUAACAUCAAUUUAGCUGCAGCGUAUAGAUAUACCCCUUUCCAGCAGGCCCAAACCAACGGUAUGCACCAGGUGGUACCCUUGCCCGUCUACCCUGUGAGCGCAUUUACUCCGGUCUCGGCACCUUCAGUUCACAGACCUUCAACUUCAGAUCAAGACCCCAAUCAGGCAACCCGUAGCCCAGUGCUGCAAGAGUUCAGGGCAAACAACAAGGGCAACAAACGAUAUGAACUAAAGGAUAUCUACGGCCACAUUGUCGAAUUUUGCGGAGACCAGCAUGGUUCGCGAUUCAUUCAACUUAAACUCGAAACUGCGAACAGUGAUGAGAAGGAGCAGGUUUUUAAAGAAAUCAGGCUGAAUGCUGUACAACUCAUGAUGGAUUUGUUUGGCAAUUACGUUAUUCAGAAACUCUUCGAGCACGGUAACCAAGCACAGAAGCGGCUCCUUGCUAUGCAGAUGCAAGGCCAUAUCUUCUCAUUGUCUAUACAGACGUAUGGGUGCCGCACGGUUCAAAAGGCUCUGGAACAUGUUCUCGUCGAGCAGCAAGCCGCGAUGGUUAAAGAGCUUGAGGACAAUGUAAUGAGAUGUGUCACAAACCAGAAUGGAAACCACGUCAUCCAGAAGGCGAUUGAGCGCAUACCCAACCAACACAUCCGAUUCAUUAUCGAUGAGUUCCGUGGCCAGAUUCAACGCUAUGCCACCCAUACCUACGGCUGCCGGGUAAUCCAGCGCAUGCUGGAGUACUGCCCGCUCCCGGACCGUUUAUCCAUCCUUGCUGAGAUCCAUGCUUGCAGCCCGAGCCUCAUCUCUGACCAGUAUGGCAAUUAUGUUAUCCAGCACAUCAUCGAGCACGGAGAAGAAGAGGACAGAAACAAAAUAAUUUCCAUCGUCCUUGGACAGGCAGUUCAUUUCUCCAAGCACAAAUUUGCAAGCAACGUCGUUGAAAAGAGCAUCUCGUUCGGCAGUCUAGAACAGCGUUUGGCGAUCACCCGAAUUCUAUCCGCAGUUAACGAUAGAGGAGAGGGUCCUCUACUUGGCCUCAUGCGCGACCAGUAUGGCAACUAUGUCAUCCAAAAAUCCCUGAGUAUGCUAGAAGGCGCAGAUUACAAGAUGCUUGUUAGCCGAAUUACACCAUUGAUGCCUCUGCUGAAAAAAUGCAGCUAUGGUAAACAGAUCGCCGGGAUUGAAGGACAUCUCAACAAAUAUGAUGGUGUGUCGAGUGCAUCGGCGUCUUCACCGGUCGAAAGCACCAAGUCGCUCGGCCUAAGCGUUGACAACAACGCGAAUAGCUUAACAUACACGCGCGACAACAGCCCUGUAUAUGACUUGUCCCCCGUCACCGCCGACAUAAGCUCCCUCCCAAGUGCGAACACUAGUGUGCUUGAAGAGAGUCCUAACGACAUGACGAAGGAGGAGGAUGACAGCACUCCUAAACAAGGAAUGCUCUAA